AUGUCAGACUGCAGGUUGGACUACAUCGAGCUGCUUCAACAGGAAGUCAACAAGAACCCCGAUAGGCUAGUGGAUGUUGGGAAGGAGGAAGAGCAGGAGGAGGCGCCUCCACCCUGCAGGACCCUCCCACCUCUCUGCUCCAUCCCCAGGAGACUGGUCAUCUCCCCGAGCCUCGGAGGAACACCGGUCACCCCCCAGCUGACCGAGAGCCUGAGGAGGAUUUUGUUCGGUGGAACGUUUCAUGUCUUCAACUAUGAGUGGAGGAAAUCUUUCUUUCAGUUCAGAGAGCUGAACUCUGAGUUACCCUACGCUCUGGAGGCCGACAGGGGCGGGGCUCGGGCCAUUCAGAUGGUCAUCCAGGCUCGUAUCAUUAAACACCUGCUGUUCAGCCGUCAGAGCAGCUCAGAUGGACGGAUGCUGCACAGUCUCAGUGAGAUAGGACAGAGGGAUCAGGAGCGGGCACUGGCGGCGGCGUUGUCCAGCAGCCUCUGGUUGGCCGGCCAGGAGGUCAGUGCCACCGUUACCUUGGUUACCGAAGACUACUGCAUCACUCCUCACCUGGACUACAAACUGGACAACUUCACAGAGAGGCUGCAGCUGUUCACAUUUAACAAGAAAGACGACGUGAGGAAAUUCAUCCUCGAGCACAUACAGUGUUUCAAAGAGGAGGGGAGCCAUGGAGUCAUCCUGUUCCUGUACAGCCUCAUCUGCUCCCGGACAGUCGACAGGCUGAAGGACGAUCUGGACUCUACCACCUCCCACCUGCUUUACCUCAGUCUGGGAAACUUUGUCUGCCGUCAGGCUUUGCUGAACCUGUUGCUGACUGGCAGGGCCAGUCCUCAUGUCUUCAACGGGACACUGUACUUUGGGGAGGAUGGUCUGCCUCUGGAGCGCCCCCUGCAGGGCGUCCUGACCCGCAGUGAUGUGGGAUAUCUGCACUGGAGUCGAGAGCAGAUGGAGAGAGGCAGACUGCCUCAGGUGGGCAGUAUGCUGAAGACCCCCCGGUUUCCAGUCUGGGUCUGCUGUAUAAACAGCAGCUACUCAGUGCUGUUCAGUCUGAACCGUUCGCUGCUGUCCGACUGGAAAAUGGAGCACCUGUUCCACCUGUACUACUACAACGGCCAGAGCUCCCAGAACUCUGCAGCCAGGCUGACCGUCGACACCCACUCCCACCACUGGGAGACGUCUUCCAGAGAGUCCUCUGGAGAUCCAGAGAAAAGGUUUCCGUCACUGGAAAUGACCAUCAGGACCAAGUGGGAAGGAGCAGCUAUCGACUGGAACGGCACUUUACCUUUCUACUGAACGUGGGACUGGAGACUG